AAUACAUUUACGGAAAUAAGGCAACUUUGAAGCAAAAUAAUCGUAUCAAUGAGCAUAUCAAGACCAAGUAUGAAGUAAAUCCGGCCAUGAACAAAAUAUGUCCCAUACGAACAUUGCAACCCCUUUUCACCUCCUCAGGGGUUGAAUUUUUUAAAAUGCCGGAAUAGGUGUUCGAUUAAUUAUAUCGAAGAGCAUUAAGACCCAGUUUCGAGCAAAUCCGACCACAAAUAAAAUAUUCCUCGUACAAACGUUGUAAUCCCUUUUUACCCUCGCCCCCCUAGGGGUUGUAUUUUGAAAUAUCCUUUCUUAUUCCUUGCAUGCAUCAUAAAGGAACCCUCUGUGUAUAAUUUUAGCUAUCUCGGUUCAAGAGCCUGGGCGUUGAUAACUCACUGAAUCAGGGCUUUCAUUCUUAUAUAUGUAUAUAUAUAUGUACAUCAUCAGAGAUGAGAACAAAUAGGGCCGUAGGAACGAUACGCAGUGCAUUAGGGUGUGUAUGCGUGUGCGUGUGGGGGGUGGGUGGUGCAGAGUAGCUUUGCUGAAAUAGAGCGAACCGACAACAUUAUAAGACGGCAAUCCAGCAGUGGAUGGAUGACAAUCGGUGUUCUUCCUCGAUACUAUUCGAUACGUUGCAUCGUGUUCGAAGCCGUAGGAUAUCAUACAAGAUCAUUUUGAUAACCGUGAAACUACUUUUGUCAGUUGUGUGGUGCGGUAUCGAUAAAUUUGCUUACGGUAUCCGUCAUCCGCCCUCUAUCGCCAUAAAAGAUGGCACCGUCGUGUUUCGAGGUGAUCCUCGUCGGUUUCAUCCUCAUGUUACCGUUCUUGUACGAGACGAGCAGAACCUUUCGUUACUAUUUCAAGUUCCUCAUUUACUAUGGAUGCGUAAUGGUUAAUUCGAUCACGUUGCUUCCGAUUAUGCUGCUACGACCGUGGAACGUAAAAAACUUUGUAUUAGCAUCGUCUAUGUGCUCCUGUUUUACUAACUUAUUGGGAGUACGUUGGGAACUCAGGGGGAGAGAACAUUUAGAACAAGAUAGAGCAUGCAUAAUAGUAGCGAAUCACCAGAGUUCUUUAGACGUAAUGGGAAUGUUUCAAAUAUGGCCAGUAAUGGAUAAAUGCACUGUGGUGGGAAAGAAAGAGCUAUUUUAUGCAUGGCCUUUCGGGCUGGCUGCUUGGCUUUGCGGAUUGAUAUUUAUAGAUAGAAUGAAUUCAGAGAAGGCCCGUAAUUGUAUCAAUACCGCCACUAACCACAUCAAAGAUAAAAAGAUUAAACUAUGGAUAUUUCCCGAAGGCACCAGACGCAAUACCGGUCAGAUUCAUCCUUUUAAAAAGGGUGCCUUUCACGUUGCCAUUAGUUCCCAAUUACCUAUAUUACCAGUCGUAUUUUCUUCCUACUACUUUUUAUCUUUUAAAGAAAAGAGGUUCGAUUCAGGUCAAGUGAUGAUAACAGCGUUACCACCGAUAUCUACGGAAGGCUUAAAAACAGACGAUGUCAGUCACUUGAUGCAAAAGACACAGAACGUUAUGACGGAAGUUUUUCAAGCAACUAGUCGCGAAGUACAACUUUCAAGUACUUGUACUGCUUCCUAGAGUAAACCGAUCAUUCCAUGCGAAUUCGAUUCGCUAUUUCAUCGUUGGACGCUCAGCGGGGUAACUAAGUCUCAGUUUGAAAACCAAAGACUAUUUUUCUAUAUUUUAUGAUGCGUUUAUUUAAUAAUUAUAAUUUUAAUAUUCUACAAAGUAUUCGUAGCACCUGUAAAAUACGUGCAAGCGAGUAUUAGAAUAAAUCUUGUAUGUAUAACAAACUUAUUCUCUCUUGCUAGCAAUUUAUCACAUUUAAGUAUUCAAACCUGAAUCGACAACUUUCUGAAUCUUGGUAAUAUUUAUAUUUUGCUUUACAUAUUUCAUUUUACAGCAACUCUAUCUUACUCACUUUUUAUUACUUUAAACAAACUUUUCAACCUCGCUUAACGAACUUUGAUAUAAUCGAUGAAUGCAUGUAAAGUGAUAAGUUUUUUUUCGUAUAAAAAUAAAGUAUUAAUAUAUUAUGGAGCAGCUUUAACACGGACAGAUAUUUCGUUUCGGAACGAACGAAUAUUUUAAUUUUAUCUUUAUAUUGUAUAUAUAUACAUAUAUGUAUGUAUAUCGUUAAAGUAAAUGUAUCUCAUACAUGUUUUAUAUGUUUUAAUGUUUAUAUACACGUACGGUGAAAGUUAGGUGUAAGAAAAAGAGGAAGAGAAAGAAUCUGCUGUAAACGUCUUAAACGUUCCAGCUAAAUUAUUCAAAGGUCAGAAAAUUCGUGCGUAUAUCUCAAUUUUUAAUAAAUCAUACAAUCGAUUCUUUUUCUUCCUAUAAAUAAUCGUUUCAGUAAAUUAUAUGGAACAUGUUUUAUUUAGAUUUUAUACACUAUUUUAUACACUAUUUUAUACACGCUGGCCUUAAGGGUGCGCAGGAGUCAGAGCAAAACUCCAAGUUGACUUUAGCAACAGUUGCGAAAAAAGUAGGAUAGAUCCUACCGUUUCGUCUCAUCUUUUUCUGAUUUUUAAAAAAAAUCAGCCGCAAAGGUUGCUUCCUCAGCUCACAAAAUGAUAAUAACUGAUUUGAAAAAUUACAAAUGUUUGACAUCAUUCUGUCUUUGUCUCUCCUUCGAUUGUUGUGUCUCCCUCUCUGUCACAGCAUCAUUGGAGUGACAAGGAUCUAUCUAUCCUUUUCCCGGAGCUUUUCCUACUUUUUCCGCAACUCUCGCUGAAGUCAACUCGAAGUUUUGCUUUGACUCCUGCGCACCCUUAAAAUUAACAGUUUAUUCUUAAUUGGUUAUUUUUUUUGUUAAACUUGCUUGUUUUUUUAUAUUAUUUCAUACUUUAAAAAGUGUAAAUCUAUAAAAGUGAAUAAUAAUUACGAAAUUCAUUAAUGAAAUUUAUACACUGUGAUAAAAUUCUCAUUAGAACUUGUACUAUCGGUUGCACACUUUCUUCUUAGAUUUACCGUUAUAUUAAGAUUUAUCAAUAUUAUCGAUAAUUAGAAGAAAUUAAGUUGCCAGUCUCAUUAUCAAGAGUAUAAAUACCUACAUAGAAACACCGACAAAGCUAUUAUAUCAAGACAUCGAGCAUUGUACAAUUAAAUUUUUAUAUCAUAAUGUUUAUGUGCCAGGGAAUGUAUACAUACACAUGGCGUGAUUUAUGAACGCAUGUCAAUUUGGAUUGGGAUCGCGUAUUCAACAAUUGCCAAACGUACAGAAUCCACGAGAGAAAAUCCAACUUUGUAGCAUGCAGUAAUAUAACUCUUUUCAUUUAGCGUGUAGAUUUAUGCUCUGAAGGUAUGAUAAGACAUACAUUUACGAAUCGUCUUGUAUUAUUCGAAAUGAUCAUUCUGCUAUACCGAUGGUCCAAAUACAAUCGAAUGGAUAUAUAUAUAUAUACAUAUAAAUCAACUAUUAUGGUACGGUAGCUAUAAUAGUUUGUCGUAACAUUAUUCUCGCAAAAAGGAAGUGCACAGUUCCAGAAAUUUUUGUAAAAUUCAAAUAUGUAUCAGAUUUGUAAAUAAAUUAAAAUCUUUUGACUUAGGCUUGUGGAAAGUUGAACAUUUAAUUAUAUAUUAAUGCAGGUACAUUUAAAAUAUACACGAAUAGGAUACAUUAAUUGGAUCGAAUUGUUUUAGAACUAACGAAAUUAUCAUUGCAUCGUAUAUGUUAUAUUUACUCCUAUUUAAGUAAACAUGUCAAUUAUACGGUACAAAUAAAUUUUAACCGACUAAUGCACAGAUUACAUUUACUAUACCAAAAGCAUACAUGCGUUUGAGA